AGCAGCACCUCCACAAGUGAAAUUCAGAUUCCCCAACUUUAAAUAAAACUAUUUGAUGGAAACAUUUUUUGAGGUUAAGAACUCCACAAAUACCGCAUUCACACAAAUAUGAAGCCAGGAAAGAGAUGGGAAUGUUCCAAGUGCUCAAAAACGUUUCACACUUGUCAGGAUUUGACGAGACACGUGGUCACGCACGAUCCUCAUGCCAAGGUCAAAUGCGAGGUUUGCGGCAAAUUUUGCAAAAAUCAACACGCUUUAUCCUUACACGUGUCGAGACUUCACACUAACCGGAAGCGGCCAAGUUGUGACACGUGUCACCGCGUGUUUUUCGAUCUUUUCACUUUACGGCAGCAUAUUGGCACCGUCCACAGCACGAAGGAACGACCUCGUUUAGCAUGUGGAGUUUCAGGAUGUGCGAAAACCUACCUGGACAAGCGAAGUCUAGGCCAACACUUGAGAAAAGAGCAUGCCGAGAAUCCGGUCCGAUUUCCGUGCACACUUUGCGGAAUGGACUUCAAAUCCAGAACUGAACUUACCCAACACAUUCCCACCCACACGACGGAAAAGCCGUACAAAUGUACCACUUGUGGGAAGAGUUUCGCCCGCAGAGGAGACAUGAAAAGUCACGAGAUUACGCACUUGCAGAAAUCUAGAAGACACGUGUCAAAAUGUCACGUCUGUCCUCAGACCUUCUUCAGUAGGCAUGGACUGCAAUACCACGUCAGAGUUGUGCAUGAAAAUCAGAGGAAUUAUCCGUGUACAUUUUGUGACAUGAAAUUCUCCCAGUCUUUGACUUUGAAGCGUCACGUGGAGGCGAAACAUGCCGCGAAUAAAGAUCUGAAGAUAUAUUCCUGCGAAAAGUGCGAGUUCAAGAGCAAGUCGAAAAAUAAUUUGGCGAGUCAUAGAAUGCGUCACAAUCCAGCGCGGAUUGGAUGCUACUUCUGUGCGAAGAGAUUCUUCCGGUUUAACGAAUUGGUCCCACAUUGUCGAGUUCAUACUUUAGAAAAGUAAAAAUAUUUAUGUAUAUUCGUAAUUGGGAUAUUAAAAAUUGACAUUUUUACUAAAUUAGCGACGUUUUUCAAGAUGUUUUUGCACGAAAUCGAAUAAUUUGUAAGCCGAAAUAAAAAUAACUGCUAUCAAACAAUAAAAUAAUUCGGCUAUUGUAAUAUUCUAUUCUAAUAUUCUAAUAUUCUAAUAUUCUAUCUAUUGUAAUCAAUUAUAAUAAAUGGUACAGU